GUGAUCACCCUGUGGGCUGUGCACUCUGAAUCAGGCUGUGUCCCCUCCCAGUCCAUGCUCUGCUGCCUUCUACUAUAAGAGCUCAAGCUAGGAAAGCAUUCAACUUUCUGCUUGUCUGCUGCUCCCAGGACAUAUCACUGUGCACACAAGUUCUAUACUUUAUAUGAUGGACAGAAGAAAUUGCAUUUCUUUGCUCUUUAUUAUUCAAGGCAUUCUGCUGAAAUUCUGCAUGUCAUACAAUGUCGGUCUUUCCAGUAACAAAGUACUUUCUGGUCCAAAAGAUGUACAGUUUGGUUAUGCCAUUCAGCAAUUUAAAAAUUCUGAGGGAAACUGGCUGUUGGUUAGCUCCCCUUGGAGCGGAUUUCCUAAGAACAGGAUGGGGGAUGUCUACAAAUGUUCUGUCGGCCUGCUAUCAUCACAAUGCAGUAAACUGAGCUUGGCAAGUGCAACUAUUAUCCCAAAUGUAACAGAAGUGAAGGAACAAAUGAACCUUGGGCUAACACUGAUAAGAAAUGAAAAUACUGGUGGAUUUUUAACAUGUGGCCCAUUAUGGGCCCAGCAAUGUGGAAACAAUUUUUAUGCAACAGGGAUGUGUUCUGAUAUUAGCCCAACAUUCCAGGUGGUCAGAAGCUUUUCCCCUGCUCUUCAAACCUGCUCUGCAGUAAUUGAUAUCGCUAUUGUAUGUGACGGUUCAAACAGUAUUUAUCCUUGGGCAGCAGUUCGGAACUUUUUGGAGAAGUUUGUGGAGGGGUUAGACGUUGGACCUACAAAGACUCAGGUGAGCCUAAUACAGUAUGGAAAUUCGCCCAAUGUGAUGUUUAGAAUGAAUCGGUACAAUAAUAAAGAAGACAUGGUGAAAGCUAUAUCUGCUACCUCUCAAAUGGGAGGAGACCAAACAAACACCUUCAAAGCAAUUAACUAUACAAGGCAGUUUGCAUUUUCUGCUGAAUACGGAGGACGUCCAAAUGCCAAUAAAGUCAUGGUGGUCAUUACUGAUGGUGAAUCUCAUGACAACGCAGUGCUAAAAGAAGUCAUUGCACGCUGUGAAAAGGACAAGAUUACCCGAUUUGGCAUAGCGGUAUUGGGGUACUACAAUAGAUACAGCAUUGACAGCAAAAACCUGAUCAAUGAAAUCAAACAAAUUGCCAGUGACCCCAAGGAGAAAUUCUUCUUUAACGUGACAGAUGAAGCUGCACUUUUAGAUAAAGCUGGGACCCUGGGAGAGAGAAUUUUUAGCAUUGAAGGAACCACACAAGGAGGUGAAACCUUCCAGAUGGAAAUGUCACAAGUAGGCUUCAGUGCCCAAUACUCAAAGAACACGAAAUCACUGGUGUUGGGAGCUGUUGGUGCUUAUGACUGGAGUGGCACUGUUGUGCACCAAAAUUCAAACCAGUUUUCUAUUUUCCCCCACAACGCAUUUGAAAAGGUUCUUUAUGACCGAAACCAAAGUUCUUAUCUAGGAUAUUCUGUUGCCGUUCUCAAUGUAGGAAACACUGUGAACUUUGUUGCUGGAGCCCCAAGAACAAAUUACACUGGUCAGGUUGUAGUUUACACCAUUAAUACUAAGGGGAAUGUGACGAUCCUUCAGAUACAGAAAGGAGAACAGAUUGGUUCCUAUUUUGGCAGCGUGUUGUGUGCUGUAGAUGUGGACAAGGAUUCUAUCACAGAUGUAUUGUUAGUAGGAGCCCCCAUGUUCAUGAAUGAGAACAAGAAAGAACAAGGACAAGUGUAUCUAUUUUCCAUCAAUGGGGGAAUUUUAAAUCAGCGUGAACAGUUGGAAGGUCCUGAUAAUCUGGACAAUGCUCGAUUUGGAGCAGCCAUAGCGGCACUAUCCGAUAUCGAUUUGGAUGGUUUUAAUGAUGUUAUUGUUGGAGCGCCUUUAGAAAAUGACGACAGUGGUGCUGUUUAUAUUUACAAUGGAAAGAAAAAUACAAUUAGAACUAAGUAUUCCCAAAAAAUACUUGGGUCCUCAGUUAACACACAGUUGCAGUUUUUUGGAAGAUCAGUUGAUGGACACACUGAUUUAAAUGGAGAUUCCAUAACUGAUGUGUCUGUUGGUGCUUUUGGAAAAGUAGUACAGUUUUGGUCACUGGGUAUUGCAGAUGUGAUUGUAAAAGCAUCAUUUAUCCCAGAUAAAAUAAUUCUCACAAACAAAAAUAGUGAGAUUACUGUAAAGAUCUGUUUUAUUUCAACAUUCAGACCGGCUAAUUCAAAAAUUCAAACAAUGGCUAUCACUUACAAUGCUACAUUAGAUGCCGACCUCUUGUCUUCACGAGUGACAUCUAGAGGGCAAUUUAAGGAGACUGGUGACAGAACUAUAAUGAGGAAUGUUGAUAUUAGCACAGAAGAAAGAUGUUUUGAACACAUUUUUAAUGUUCAGGAGACAUCGGACUCAGAAAAUGCGCUGGCGGUUCGCAUCAAUAUUGCAGCUCAAAAACCAAACACCAGCCCAGUUUUAAACCCUUAUUCAUCUGGUUCGAGUGAAUGGUUUAUUCCCUUUCUAAAAGACUGCGGUGAUGAUGACAUUUGCACUUCAGAUCUUUUACUACAAGUGGAGAGGAAACCAAAGGAUGUAAUAUUACCGUAUGUGGUCAGCGACAAGAACAGACGGCUGCUUUUCCAAGUAACUCUGACAAACAAAAGAAAUCAGGAAAAUGCAUAUAACACAAAGCUGAAAGCUCUUUUCUCAGAAAAUUUGUUCUUUGCAUCUUCAACAACUCCCAGUGAUGGAACAGAGGUGCUGUGCCAAGUUGGAAAUACUCAAGGUUCUGUGACCUGUCUUGUUGAUUUUCCUCUCCUGAAGGCUGGACAAACGGUGACAUUUGACAUUGGAUUUGACUUUAACCUUAAACAUCUUCAGGAUAAAGCAAAUAUAUUCUUCGAGGUCACAAGUGAAAGCAAAGAAGUCUAUGAAGGAGACAAUUCUGUCAACAGAACUAUUCCUGUUCAAUAUGACGCAGGGAUCCACUUAACAAGAUCCUCCAACAUUAACUUCUAUGAAGUCUUCUCUGGAGCCAGUGUACCCUCACGCAUAAACAAUUUUAAUGAAAUUGGACCUGAGUAUAACUUCACAAUAAAAGUCAGUACUGGAACCAUGCCAGUGAGAACGGCAUUCCUAACCAUUAAUAUCCCAGAGUUCACCAAAGGUAACAACCCUCUGAUGUACAUCACCUCAGUGCAGACAGAUCAGGUUAAUGGAAUCACAUGCAAUCCCAAUGUUAAUCCUCUUCAUAUAGGAAAAAAAGAAUAUGCCGCUUCAUUCACUGAGGAGAACCUUAGGCAUGUCCGUGAAUUAAGCUGUGAAAACUCAAAGUGUACCACAUUUAAGUGUGUGAUUAAAGACCUGCAAAUCGGAGAUUACUUUGUGAAUGUAUCUACCAGAAUAUGGAAUGGGACCUUUGCAGCUUCAUCGUUCCAAGCACUGGAGUUGGUAACCAGAGCAAAACUUGAAACUUCCAACCCUGAGUUAUUUCUUGUCAGCAACGAUGAAUUACUGAUUCCACUCACAAUAAUAAAGCCUGGUGAGAAGUCUGAGGUUCCUAUCGGAGUGGUGAUUGGAAGUGCAUUAGCUGGAUUGCUCUUACUUGCUGCAUUAGUGGCUGCUCUGUGGAAGCUUGGAUUUUUCAAAAGAAAAUAUCAAAAACUUCAGAAAACAGAAGAUGAAUUGGCAGAGACUGCUCAACUUAAUUAACUGUCACCCUUACCUUAUUUUUUUGUAAUAAUUUUUACUUCUUGAUGAAAAUGUUUUGUACAAAUGUCUUUAAGGAUUUUUUUUAUUUUCAAAUUCUUGAAUUUUUUUUUUUUUUUUUUUUAAUCAAACUGCAGGGCAGUUUUUGGCAUAGUCUUUUUUAUUAUAUAUCUUGACCUGCUGGAUUGGGGAUCUUUGCUACAAUUUUAUGGUUUAAACUGUUAGUUUUUACACAGUUGGAUAUUUUAUGCAGUUGUACAUUUUGGUUUACAUUUUAGGUAUUUGGGAGUUUCAUUGUUUAGUUUACAAAUGUAUAGUUGCUUUUAUCAGGGGGAAAUAAAACUACAUCAACAUUUACAUUUAUAUAAUGAAGCAAUAGAAAACAUUAAACUGCUUAUUUUAAAAUUUUCAGUGAUAGAGAUGCAUUAAAGUAAUAUUUAUACAGUG